UACUCCUCAGUGAACAGUCGUAGGUCACAAUUACCAUUCAAAAUGUGUCACAGUGGAGUCUUCUUGACUGGACUCUUAUUAUUACUUCAAACCAAUGGAGAAUCGACAGAGGAACAGCAGGCUUUCUUCCCACCAUCGACAGUCAACUUCCACGACAUCUACUCCAAUAGCCUCGCCCUUCUAGCCGAUGAGCCGUCAGCCACCGCUACAGGCAAAGAAGAAGACUUCCACAUCAGCAAUAUGCCGUCACAAUUCGUUGAGUUUAGGCCCCCUCAGACAACAAUCUUGCCUUCUACUACUACUGUUGAGAUAAGUACUGGUACAGGGUCAACUGAGAGAUCAGAGUCUUCUUCCGCCCCCACUUUGGCUACCACGGAGGAACCUGAAGAGAUUUCAGUUAAGGUGUUGCCAAUAGCGAAGAAUUAUCAGCGAGGCGUCCUUGAUUUAUUGUUCCCGGCGACUAGAGUGAGAAGUUUUAAGAGCAUAUUCGAUUCCUUUAAACGGAUACUGUCGCAUACUUUCAGGAGAUAACU